UUUAUCUUGGAAUUUAAAUCGAAAGCAUUUCAAAGUUCCUAAACCCAAACUAGCUGAUCCAACCUUGCCACCAUUACCACCGUCGAAAAUCAAAAGUUCAGACCCGAAAUUACAGCAGGAUUUGGAACGUUUUUAUAAGAUACGAGCUGCUGCCUGUCGAAUUUUGUCGAUCGCUCAGAAUCCGCUACAACGUCUUGAUGCGGCUAAAACACUACUUGUCAGUCAUGCACAGCUACUCAGUUGUAUGCGAUUAGUUCAACGUGAAAAAGUUGAAGAUGCCAAGCGUGCUAACAAAACGCCUUCCGAUACACUACUUAAAGAAGCUUCAAUCUUUAAUGGGACUAUUUUACGAAAAUCGUGUUUCGCAAAGCCAGGCUACGCCCAAUUGUGCUUAUCAGAUAUUCGUAUACCAUUGAUCUGGCGUAAUAUAGCCCCAGGGACUAACAUGCAUUUAACUAUGCAACAGUUAUUUCCAACGUCUAGCAUUGUUAGCGGUCUAUUACCUGCUGUUGUUAAUGCCUCUGGCGAUAAUGCGGACUAUUCAGAUAGUGGGGAACAAUGUGAUGGUUAUAGUUUGUUUUGUAUAAUCCAAGUUGGUCAUAUAAUUAGGGAUACUCGGCUAAUCUUCGAUAUCAAGCCUGGUACUGCAGAUAUUGAAUUUAAUGACAAAUGGACAUUUGAUGAUGUGACACCGGAAUUCGAAUGUGUAAUUGAAAUCUAUGCUUUUCCAAAGGGAGGUUCUAAAAGCAAUUCCUUAUUUUCUAAACGUCGAAUUGUACCAAUCUAUGAUGGAGUAAGAAGAUCAUCAGACCAACAUGUUGUGAAUUCCGACUCAUCCAUCAAUCAAAAUUCAUCUCAAUAUUUUGAUUUAAUUGGACGUUGUGUUGCCACUUUAAAAGAUGUACAAAACAAAGUCUCUUCUCAUACACUAGAAAUGGGUAAUCAACUUGUUUAUUCACGUGAAUGUAAGAAUUCAUCAUUAUCUGUGUCUAAUUCUACAACAAUACAUAGAAAUUCUCUAUUUAACGACCAAUCGAAUGAAACAUCAGAAAUAUGUGAUUUACCAUUAUUUGGUAAUAUUUGCUAUCGACUUAUUGCACAACCUCAUUCAGCUAAAUUACCAUUAAAGUCUGGAUAUCUUUGGAUUCGUAAAUUAACUCCUUCACCUAUUCAGACGCCUAUGAUGCUUUAUCGUUGUGAACUUCGGGAUCGUUACCUUUGGUGUACGUUGGUUAAUACAAGCCAUAAUGAAGGCAGUUCACAUGAAUUUUCUUCAUCUCUUCGUCAGAACAAUCAAGUGUCAAAAUGCGAUGACUUUGAAACUGACUCCUGUUGUAACCCAACUGGCAUAAAUUCAGAAAAUUUUAACCAAAACCAUGAAAUGUUCAUUCCUCCUAAAGAACAUUCUCAUAAAAAUGAUUUUUUGAAAAAUCCAACAUCUUCCUUUCCAACUGUUGAUUUAUCAAGAAACAAUUUGUCUGCACAAAAGCAAUUUGACCAUACUUCAGUUAGUGGUUCAUUGGGUUCCGGAAUAAAUCGUAAUUUACUGUCAUCAUAUAAUUGUCAUGCUGAUCUAAUUAUACCUAUUCAUACAGAAACGGACUUUCUUGAUUCACAGCUCGUCCUAAGACAAACUGAGCUAAGUGUAUCUCAAAGAACCAAUGAAUCGUCAAACAUCUCUGGAAAUGACUUUAAUAAAUCAAAUGAAUGUAGUAUUUUAUCACCUAAGGAUGAUAAACCGAAUUCCGAUGUCAAAUGCCAUCACGCAGAUGUAAAUUAUGUCUCUUUAGACAACAAACGAAUAUUUUCAGCAAUAGAUGUGUCAUGUUUGUCUAACAGCUCAAGUUCUAAUGAUCAAUCGUACACCACACAAUCUUUCUUUUCUGCAAAUAAACCUGGAUUAUUAAAUUAUCAGUCUGUCGAUAACAUUUUGGAUCUUUCGAAAACUGAACAUUUUGUACAUUUCCGUGGCAAAACAAAUAUCCUAAAAUCACAGUCAAACAACGUACUGAGUCAGUCUGAAGCGGCAUCCAUUACAAAGUCUAAUGGUUCAUCUCCAAGUGUAAAAAAGUUUAUGUCUACUUCUAAAAGCUCAUUGUCUCCAAUAAGAAAACAUUUUAACGAACCUUCAAUUAGCCCCGUGGACUCUAGGAAGAGAUAUAAUAGAGUUUCUCGUUCGGUAGAACCUGUGCGUCGGAUUUUUCCUAAAGUAACAACUGUUUAUAAAAUGGAUACAAGCAGCUUAUUUGAUCUAACUAAACUCAGAGAACUGCAAUACUUAACACCACAUUCGUCUAAAGCUUCUUCAUUUAUUUCAGUUAACGAUUCUAACAAAGAUAACAAAAUUGUCUGUCAUCAACCAUGUGUCUUUUCAUCUCAACUACUUACAUUUCGUAUUGCUACGUGUCAUUUAGAUAGAAAUGUCUCCUCAACUAUACACCAUUUAUCAGAACUACGAAAAAAUGGUUCCUCUCUUGAAGUAUUUGAAUUCACAGCAACACAAAUGAUGGAAAAUGAUCUAGAUCAGUUAAAUGAAUCAAGCACAGUAUUUAAAAGUGAUGAAGAAGAAACUAUUGCCUGGUUUUCCAUUAUGAAAAAACAUGUACAGGAACAAGAAAUUUGGGGCUCUGAAGCUUUCUCUGAGAAUAUUAUUAUCCCUAAAAGUAAAUCAAAUUCUAUUCGAAAUACAAGUGCCCGUCGAUCAGUAGCAAUUCCAUCUGAUAUUUCUAUUCUAACAUAACAUUCCGUUUGUAAUCAUUAUCCUACUUUCAGUUCUGUAAUUAUGAGUAAAAUAUAAAUUUACAAGUUAUUUUUUUAAUUACCUAUUAAAUGUUUUAUAAUGUUUCUUUUUUUUACUAAAGUUUUUAUAUUUCUAUUUAUUUAUUUGUUUUUAAUAGUGAAUAGUUUCCAUGUUGUGUAAAUAAGUUGAAUCCAUGAUUUAGAAAAACUAUUUUUGUUAUCCCUCAUACUCAUAGUUGUCCAUGUUUUCUAUUUGCUUCCAUUUUGUUUUGUAAAUUACCCUUUGAUUCUAUUUUCCUAUUUUGAUUAUUUUAUUUUUAGAAAAAAAACAACUAAGUAAUUAUAGAUUAAAAUCCAACCAAAUAAUUGACUAUUCCUAAUUGUUUCUAUUUUAUAUCAUUUGGUUGGAGUGUAAUUUAUAAAUGUUUAUGUAUGUUCCUGAUUGUGAAAUACAUUAAAAGUGAAAGUACCCACAUCAAUGUGAUCUUUAUUAAGUCAUACAGUUUUUAGUUUAUGGUCAUUUAUUCCUCUAUUUACAUGGAGGGGUCUACAUGACUUAGAUUAAAGAAUAGUGGUUACAUGAGGUGGUGUUAUAUUUCUAGUCUGACCCUUCGUAAAUCUUAUUUCAGCCAGUAUUGUAUGUCAUCGUACAUUAAUCACCUCAGUCAGUCGGUAUAAGUUCCUUACGUGAUUGGUUGUUUUACUCUCCUAGCUUAGAACUCUUAUCAACAUUCCGUACUUAAAGGUUACACUGCACUCUCACAGCAGUGACCAAAGCCAGUCAUGUAUCUUCCAUCCAUAAUGCAUGUUUUGCAGUUGCGGGUUUUGUGCAGUGCAUAUACCUUGCAGCAUUUUUCACUCGAAUUUACUUUUGUUCAACUAAGCGGGAUCAGUGUGUCAUACACACCCAUGUGUAUCAUCCACCGAAGACCAUCUCUUACAACCUAAAGGUAGCACAUAGUGGGUUGUUACUCAGUAUAUUGUUUUUUGACUUGUGGCUUGAUAAGCUCGCUAAUCAGAACACGACUUACACAAUUAGAUGUUGACCAUUACGAGCAGCCUAGAAUCUUUAUUGCUUUUUCUUGUCUAGCCCUGCAUGUUGAGUCUAGAACACAAUCUCGGCUUCCACUGCAUAAAUCAUAUAUUCGAGAAGUACUUGGUUCGUGUACAAGCAAACCAGACCACAUAAUAUAAAGAAUAACAAUUAUACAAGAUCAAGUCAAAAG